AUGAUUCCCAAAUCGAGCUCGCUGCCAAUUGUUUUGGCUCUUUGUCAAUCGCUCCUGACUCCAGUCAUUGCUGGCAGUCUUCCUGAACAAGCACAAUUGAUUGAUCAGAGGGUCUUCAAUGUCCUAAAUUCAACUCGGCCCCCUACCGAGUUCAACUCAACAAGUCUUUUUGUGCCGCCAGGCUCAACAGCAGACAGCCUCACACAGCAACCCUUCCACGUAUAUGACGAGGAAUUUCUGAAAAUUAUUGGAGACACCCCUACACUUACUCGAAUUGGGCAUUCCCCGAAAGAUCCACUUUUCCAUGAGGCUGUCGUAUGGUACGGGCUCCAGUCAAGAACAAAGAAAAAAGCUUCUAAUGACGUUUACAACAGGGUCAAAGAGACGGAUGAAGUAUUCUUCGUUCAAAAUGCAGGGGCAAAAAAUGCCGGCACGGGAUUGAAAAAGUCAGCUAUUAUCGAGAAGAUUUCACUCGCGCAAGCUGCUGCUGUGUCUGACAAGACCGAUGCCGUGGGCCUUGUCAACAUCACCACUGUUCCUUCAUCGCCCGUGGUUCUCAACCCAAAUGGAGCCACGAACUAUCGCGGACAGCUUAUUUUCACAAGCGAGGGUCAAGGGGACGACAAGCCUCCUGGUCUCUCAGUGGUGAAUCCCAACAGCCCUUAUAACUCCACAGUUAUCCUCAACAACUACUUUGGUCGUCAGUUCAACUCUCUGAACGAUGUGGCUAUCCACCCAAAGAACAAAGAAAUUUACUUCACUGAUACCAUCUACGGCUAUGUGCAAGAUUUCCGCCCUGCCCCUGGUCUGCAGGAUCAGGUGUACCGUUUCAACCCGGACACCGGUGCUGUGACUGUUGUGGCCGAUGAGUUUGACCACCCGAACGGUCUUACUUUCUCCCCUGAGGGUGACUACGCAUACAUUACCGACACAGGGAUUUCGAGCGGCUUCUUCGGACUCAAUUUCACUCGCCCAGCCUCUGUGUAUGCUCCGAUUGGUUAUUCAUUUUAUCAUAGAACUCCAGCUAAUUACCAGUUUUACAGUUACCGAUAUGAUGUUAAGGAGGAUGGCACGUUUGAAAACCGCAAGCUCUUUGCUUUUGUUAAUUCCGGUGCGCCCGAUGGUAUCCACUGCGACUCUUGGGGCAACGUCUAUGCCGGCUGCGGUGAUGGUGUUCAAGUUUGGAACCCCUCUGGCAAGCUUAUUGGCAAAAUCUAUGUGGGCGCUACCUCAGCGAACUUUAACUUUGCUGGACAGGGUAGGAUGGUCAUCUGCGCCGAGACGGAUCUAUACUAUGCCACUCUAGCUGCGGCGGGUAAUUAUGUCGACAGUGAGAUGUGA